CCGAUUAUUUUUGGACAUCACUAACGCUAUAAUGGGCCUAGAUUGAGUAUGUGAAAUGAAUGAAUUGUUUUAUUUAUUACCGGCCAUAAUUCGUUAAAUUUGUCUUAUUGUAACUCUUCAAGACGAUGAUGAUAUGGAGAACGAAAUUACCACUUUGAAAAAACUGCCUUCAUGGCAAAACUGUGCUCAUUGUCCAAGUUUAAUUUUCUCCACUGCCACGGAGUUUGAAAGACAUAUUCAAGAUAAGCACAGCAUCAAGGAGGGGUCUAUUAUUCUAUGCCAAUAUGGUCAGAAUGGAAUUUGCUCUGCUCUUCAAUUUGGCGAUUUAAGGAAAGCAGGAUUUAAAUACCAUGUUAGGGAACAUCAUCUGUAUUCCAUAGAUGGAAAUGAUGAUUGGACUUUUUAUUCAUCAUCACAGAAUCUUCCAGCAGUAUUAAAUGAUCCAAAUCGAGGUAAACAAAGUAAUUUUUUUACAAAAACAUGGGGUGAUAAUUUUGUAGAUAAAAUUGAUAUUCACCCUAGUCCAUAUUUACCUGAAAUCAAUGUAGCACAUUUCGAAUCAUAUUGUAAAAAAAUAGCUAAAAGAUAUCGCAGACACAAUCGAUUAAAAGAAAAUAAUCCAGUCAAAGCUAAGUCUCCUGUAUCAGAGGCAGUGUGCGAUGUACCAAAUGUGUUUUUUGAACCAUCUUUACCUUUAAAUGACCCAAACAUUUUUUAUAAAGUGUUCCCUAGUUUAUGUCAAUCUGAUGACUCUAGUGUUGCUAUCAGAGCACUUCAAGAGACAUUAAGUACAUACCUUGAUGUUAUUGAAAUGAAAAUAUCUAAACAAGUAGCACAAAAAUCUGAUGCAUUUUUUCAUGCCAUGCUUUCACAUGAUACAAUAAUGGAGCAAAUGGAAAGAGCAACAAAAACAGUUAAGCAAACACGGCAGAAUAUAAAAAAAUUAAAACAAAACUUGACAGAAUGUCCCCUCCGAUUGGUAAGCUUGACAAGAAUCAAUCACAAUUUGAGCAAUAUUCAUGAGCACUUGAAAUUAAUGGGGACAGUACAACAAACACAACCCAUGAUUCAGUUACUUCUAAGCACUUCAGACUAUGUAGCAGCUUUGGAUUUGAUCAGUUCAACUCAAAAAGUAUUGUCCACUAAAUUAGUAGGUAUUCAAGCAUUUCGUCAUUUAUCUCCUCAAUUGACUGAAAUGAAAAGACUAAUCCAUAAAAUGUUAAGUGAUGAAUUUCAAAGAUUUAUUAUUGCAGACUUGAAUAGACAUCCAAAGGAUGAUAGUGAAAUUCCUGAGAGGGAUAAAAUAGUAUCUAUUGUAUCAGGACUCCUGAGAAUGAAAGAAUUUGAUUUUAUUGAUGCUUUUAAACUAGAAGCAAUAACUUCUAUACAGGCUACAAUAAAGCAAUGUGUUAUAGAAAUUAUAUCACAGAGGGAUGGCAAUACAGAAAUAGUACUAAGGGGGUCUAAUGCUGACAACAUGUGGUUAAUGUGUAAUGAGGGUAUUAUAUUUCUUGAAAAAGUAAGCCCAAAUUUAAUCAAUUUAUUCAAGAGGAUUUUAACUUUGAACAACUUGAUAUUAGAAAUAAGCCAAAUGGAUGAUGUAAGUGGUACUGAAAGUGAAGAAUCUUGGUCUCAGGAGGAAUUAGUUUCUAUUGAAGAGAAAUUGCGAAAACUAAUAGUGUCCUUAUCUGAUUAUUGUAAUGAGCGCUGUGCUAAUUUGAUUGUUACAAAAACUGAAAAGGACAAUGUAUUUUCUGAUUUGUCACAACUCUCAAAGCUGUCAAACUUAAUUGAUUACUUUUCUAAUGAAUGUGAAAAGAUUACAGGUCAUUAUAGUAAUGCAAUGAAAUUGGCAUUAAGAAGUUUUGCAAUGAAAUAUAUACAGAUUUUACACACAGAGAGAAGGUCUCAACUCGUAGUAAGUCUCAACUCGGAGAGAUGGAAAACAGCAGAUGUUCCAUAUCAACUACAAAGUAUUGUUAAUAAAAUAUGUGAAAAUGGAGAAAUACCUCCCACAAUCAUUUAUGAAACUGGAAAACCCGAUGGAACAUAUUUGGUAAUCAAUAAUGAAAACUUUGCUGUAGUUGGAACUGUACAACUUUUGAUCAAAAUUUUACUGGAAUAUUGUGAUGCUACCAAGCAAUCACCUGUCAUAGUUCAGUACUUAAUACAUUGCAUGUUGGAAUUAAUAAGAUUAUUUAAUUCUCGCUGUUGCCAAUUGGUGCUUGGAGCAGGGGCCAUACAAAGUGCAGGAUUAAAAACAAUUUCGACAUCAAAUCUAGCAUUAGUUUCUAGAUCUCUUCAGGUAAUUUUAUGGAUCUUACCUCUAAUUAAAACGUUACUUGAAAAACUGCAUUCUAAAGAACUAUCUCUUGUUGGUUUUAGUAAUAUGGAAAGUGAUAUAGUUAGUCAUAAAAAUGAAAUAGAAAAUAAAAUUUGUACAAUAGUCAGUAACAUGCUCUGUUCUCAGUUAUCAGGAUGGGAUGCAAAGCCACCUGUACCAUCACAGACAUUUAGAAACAUUUCUAAACAUCUUGUAAAAUUACAUGAAGCACUUAUUGAUAUUCUUCCCAUAGAACAAAUACAGAUAAUAUAUAAAAGAGUACAUGAUAAUUUUAAGGAUAAACUGAGAGAGCAAUUAGCAAAGAUGAAUAUUGUAGCAAAUGGUAGUCCUCAACAUGGAGUUGUUACUUCGGAACUUACUUUUUAUUUGCAGACACUCAAAACUCUUAGAGUGAUAAAUGAAAAUGAUACCGAAGAUAACAUAUUGUAUGAUAUUUGGUUAAAUUAAAGUUGUAAGUAAAUAAAGGUUUUGGUACAUAAUUGAUACAGUAAAAUGAAAUGAACCAAUAUAUUAUUCUGUAUAUAACUUCUGUCGUAGGAUUAAUGAAAAACAAAGUAUUUAUUAUAUGAACAUGGUUUAUUUAUGCUUAAAAUUAUACACAAAAAUAAUCAGUUGUUUUGAUUCUACACAGCUAAAGGGACUUUUAGGUAUCAUAAAAAUAAGAAGCCAUAGGGUAUCGUAUUAGAAAAGCUAUCAAAGUACAUACGCACUGAAAAAUUAAUAACUUUGCAGUCAAGGUACCUUCAGACAUUGGACCUAAUUUUAUCAAAGUAAAAUUAAUUAAAGUCAUAUUAUUAAUUGUUAUACUCUCACUAUCCUCAAUUGUAUCUAUUAAAUGUAAAAUUGUUAGUACCUGUACUAAAGCUUUAUUAAUAAUGGUCAUUUCUUUCUUCACAAUUAAAGUUCUACUAGGUUCAAGCAAGUCCAUCUCAGCAUUAUACUUGGGUAAACGAUGCCUAGGGCAUGGUAUAAUACGAAACAACUGAGGAACUGAAUAAAGGAAAUUAAUCACUUGAGGUAAAAAGAAUAAUAAUACAGUUUUGCUAAAGUGGCUCAGAAUGCCUACUACUGCAAACGUCAUUCCAGAUACGUAGCAAAAUGUAUCACCAACAAAGACUUUCGAAGGGUACCUGAAAAAGAAGAUACUUUGGACAUGAGAGUAAUGUUAACUAAUGCAUAUGAAAGUUAUAGUA